UCAGUGAGAGUCAGAACGCUUGUGAAGCAGCAGCGUUUUAAAUUUUCAUUUCGAGACGGUAUUUUCAUAGUUUUUCCGGCUUUUCCAUGCAUUAUGUGUUCAAAACGUUGAAAAUAAACGUGUAAAUAAUUGAAGAUAUGCUUCGCAAAUAUCAUAAGGCGAGCCAAGUGUAUUGAAAAUUGGAAAAAUAAACACCAAGAUUGUGCUUAAAUGUGUCUAUAAAUGGUCGUUUAUUGUUGUAUGUGGAUGAAUCAAAUCAAGAAUUUCAUUAGAAAGAGAAUAAAUAAAGAAAAAAAUAAUUGCCCAUACAACGAUACAUGAAAAAUGUUUCCAAUCUGUGAACGUAAUUCGAUCGUUAUCAGUUGAAAAAUAAGGAGAAUAAAUAAAAGAUAAGGUGAUACAAAUUAAGUGAUUUGGCUUCAACAUUCCAUGUUUCUGAUUUAAUGAAUCUAUUUAUGUAUUUAUGAACGAAUUGGAAGAAACAGUAUACGCUAAGGAAUAUAAAUUAUUUGUUUGGUAAUAAGAAAAGAAGCGCAAGCAAAAGCUACUCAAAGUUGGAAUAUAUUUGUGUCAAGUCCAAAAGUAAAUUGAAAGUGAAAAAAAAGAGGAAUAAAAAGAAACAGGCGGAGAAUGAACAUUUACAUGAUGUCGCAUCAACAACAUUGUCGUCAUAUCUUCAACAAUCAAUCACCUUCCCAUCCUUUACGUCGUCAUCGCGUGAAAUAAUACCUCUGGUCGAUCAAACAGCGACCGAAACGACGUUAUCAUCGAUUUCUUUUGAGCAUCAAUAUCAGUCGUCUCAACGUCAAAAGCAUAAUGAGAAUGUUGAUGCUUCUGAAGGAAUAUCUUCAUAUCGAUUUGAAUUUUCCCAUUCCGUUUAUAAUGUUACGAUACCUGAGAAUAGUGUUCAGAAAACUUAUGCUAUUCAACCCUACACCGAUAAGUCUCGUAUGGGGAUAAAGUUAAUCGAUGAUGGAAUACAUCAAGUCGACAUAAAAUAUCAAAUUGUUGGCGGCGACAAGAACAAAGUUUUCAAAGCUGAGGAAAGAAUCGUUGGAGAUUUUGCAUUUCUAACAAUCAGAACUCGUACGAACAAUAUCAUUUUAAAUCGUGAGAAAGGUGAUAGUUAUCGACUUCGAGUGAGGGCGACAAUUUCACGGAAUAGAAUAGGAACAAAGAAAAGGAUUUUAGAUGAAGCAGAAACAAUUGUUGAUGUGAAAGUUCUCGAUAAAAAUGAUCUCUCUCCAUUAUUCUAUCCCACGAAAUAUUCCGUCACAGUAACUGACGACACCCCACUUCAUCAAAGCAUCGUACGGGUGACUGCCGAAGAUGCAGACAUAGGCAUAAACGGAGAAAUUUAUUAUAGUUUAUUGAAUGAGACUGAACAGUUUGCGGUGCAUCCUAGCAGUGGUGUGUUGACAUUGACACGAUCAUUGGAAUCAAAUGGCAACACAUAUUUUCAGCUAACAGUUUUAGCAACAGACAGAGCAUCGCUGCUAUUAAAUAAUGUAAAUAGUAAUAGUAAUUUUAAGACAAAUCAUCAUGCCGCGAGCAAAGCUUUUGUCGAAAUUUUCGUACAACAAACAAACCUUCAUUCACCUGAAAUUCAUUUGCAAGCAUUGAAUGAGAUUGUAGAAAAUUCCAAUGCGAAUAUUUACGGAAUUGUGCGGGUAACGGAUGGCGAUCAGGGGAUUCAUGGUGAAAUAAAGUCACUCGACAUCGUUGAUGGCGAUCCCGAUGGACAUUUCCGGAUCAAACCCUCGUCACGUCCCGGCGAAUAUGUCAUUGAAAUUCACAAACUUUUGGACCGUGAAGCAACCCCAAACGGUUACAAUCUCACAUUGAGGGCGGUCGACAAAGGUGUGCCGUCAAAAGAUAGCUAUAAAAGAAUUCCAGUACGCUUAAUCGAUUUUAAUGAUAACAAACCGAUUUUCAAUCGUGAAAUAUAUGAAAUAUCAGUGCCUGAAAUAGCCCCAAUAAAUACGCCAGUUAUCAGACUUAAAGUAUCUGAUCGAGAUGAUGGAAAGAAUGCACAAGUGUAUUUGCAAAUUGUUGGUGGAAAUGAGAAUGGAGAAUUUAAAAUAAACCCUGAAACUGGUAUGCUUUAUACAAAUGCAAUUUUAGAUGCUGAGACAAAGCAUUUCUAUACGUUAACUGUGUCAGCAAUCGAUCAAGGUAACACUGGUACUAGAAAGCAAUCAUCAGCCAAGGUGAAAAUAAAUAUCGAAGACCGAAAUGAUGAGAAUCCAGUGUUUGAAAAGGCAAACAUGACAAUAUGGGUCGAUGAAAAUGAGCCAGCGGGCAGUAUCGUGACAAAGGUGAAAGCGACUGAUGCUGAUUCAUCUGAAAAUGCUUAUGUUUCCUACAGUAUCGCCAAUUUAAACGAAGUGCCAUUUGACAUUGACCAUUUCUCGGGCUCUGUACGAACGUCAAAGCUUCUCGACUAUGAAACAAUGCGACGUGAAUACGUACUUCAUAUUAGAGCGUCCGAUUGGGGCCAACCUUAUCGAAGACAAACUGAGAUGAAAUUGUUUAUAAAAUUACGCAAUGUCAAUGAUCAUCGUCCGCAAUUCGAGCGUAUUGAUUGCUUAGGACAGAUUCCGCGACAUCUUCCUAUCGGUUCAGAACUGAUAACGUUAUCAGCAAUUGAUUUUGACGCCGGUGAUGUCAUAAGUUAUCGAAUCGUGUCGGGAAAUGAAGAUGGAUGUUUUAAUUUAGAUUCAGCGAGUGGUUUAAUAUCACUCGGAUGUGAUUUGCAAGAUCUUGGCGUUGAUAAAAGGGAAGUGAAUGUAACGGCAACAGACGGAACGCAUUUCGCUGACAAUACUAGAAUUCAAAUAAAUUUGAUAGCGAACAGUCGAAGAAAUGAAAACAAUGGAAACUUCGAAUGUAGAACAACGGAUGUUGGCAGAAAGUGGGCGGAAACACAAGCACUUGCUGAGAAAAACAACGCACCUGGUCGUGACUUGAGCGAGGAUUUCGCUCUUAUGCCAAGUCGUUAUGGUGAAAACAUUCAUACACCUGAGUUCGUCAACUUUCCAACCGAAAUUAAAGUCAACGAAACUGUGCCGUUGGGAACGACAAUUGGGUGGAUAAAGGCACGCGACCGAGACUUAGGCUAUAACGGGAAGUUAGUGUUUGGCAUUUCUGAUGGCGACAAUGAUUCAUUAUUUCGACUCGAUCUCGAAACGGGUGAAUUGAAAGUCAUCGGAUAUCUUGACCGAGAGAAAGAAGAUGAAUAUUUAUUAAAUGUGACAGUUUAUGAUCUUGGAUUUCCGAAUCAAAAAAGCAUUUCGAGGCUUCUUCCAAUUUCCGUUCUUGAUGAAAACGACUGCUACCCAAUAUUUGAGAAGUCAAUUGCGAGCCUACACGUUUCAGAAUCAGCACGUAAUGGAACGACAAUCUUUCGUUUCAAUGCAACAGAUCGAGACAAAGGUUUGAAUGGAAAAGUUCUCUACAGCUUAGUGACGGACACAAAAGACUUCUCAAUCGACCGCGAAACGGGUGUGCUUUCAAUUUCAGCUCCACUGGAUCGUGAAAAGCAAGACUUGUAUGAACUGCGAAUAAAAGCGACAGAUGGAGGCGAAAAAGCUUUAUCAGACCCCGAAUUUCGUUCGCUAUCUUCCGAAGCACUUCUACAAAUUAAAAUCGACGACUUUAAUGAUAACGCUCCACAAUUUCAUCUUGUAGAUUACAAUACUCGAAUAAGGGAAGAUGUUCCCAUCGGAACAGUUGUUGUCACAGUCACGGCAAAUGAUUUAGACAUCGGAAAUAACGGAGAGAUUUUGUAUUCGUUUGCUGAAGUGGGGAAAAACGACGAUGUGGGUUACUUUAAGAUCGAUAAACAAACAGGCACAAUUCGCACAGCAAAACAAUUAGAUUUUGAAGAGCGACAGAUUCACAGCGUUAUUAUAAACGCAAUCGAUAAAGGAAUACCAACACUAAGUUCAAGUGCGACCCUCAUUGUUGAGGUGAUUGAUGUCAAUGAGAAUCGCUUUCCACCCAUAUUUGAUGACUUUGUUAUGAUGGGAAUGGUGAAAGAAAAUCAAAAUCCUGGCGCUCAUGUUAUGAAGAUUGUUGCAAAAGAUUACGACACUCCUGGUCCCGAUUCGCGAAUUUCUUACACAACAAACGGAGGCGAUGGCUUAGGUUUAUUUGCAAUCGAUAACGAAGGAAAUAUUCGUAGCAUGGUUAAGUUUGACGCUGAAACGAAAUCACAUUAUUGGCUAACAGUUUGCGCUCAGGAUCAUGGAAUUGUUCCCUUACAUUCCUGCAUUGAGGUCUUCAUACAAAUCGAGAACGAGAACGAUAACGUACCUUUAACUGCACAACCAGUUUACUAUCCAUCAGUUCCGGAAAAUAGUCCGCCUGGCACAAAAAUCAUUCAAUUGGAGGCUACAGAUGAUGACAUAGAUAACGAACAGACACUCUCUUAUCGUCUUAUUUCAGGAAACCCUGAAGGAUUCUUCAACAUAAACACAACAACAGGCCUCAUAACAACAACAUCUCGUAGACUGGAUAGAGAAAAUCAGCACGAGCACAUUUUAGAGGUCAUGAUAAUGGAUGAUGGUGAACCAACGCAAUUGUCGUCAACGACACGAGUGGUUAUUAAAGUGCUUGAUGUUAAUGACAACGCACCUGAAUUUGAUCAGAAGUCGUAUAAUGUUGAAAUACCGUCAAAUGCAGUUCAUAAUCAAAAGCUCUUCCAGGACGAAAUUGAUCAAUUCGGGUCUGUGAAAGAGAAUUCGGAUUCUCACUUAGACACAUCAACGUGGGAAUUCUCAAACGCACAUGACAUAUCGCAUGGUCUUUUUAGGGUCUUAGCAUUCGAUAAAGACGAAGGAGACAAUGGAAAAGUGAAGUAUUCGAUUAAGUCGGGGAAAGGAAAGGCAAAAUUUCGGAUUCAUCCCGACAAUGGAAACGUGUACGUUGCAAAAAGUUUAGACCAAGAUGCUUAUGAUUUAACGAUUAAGGCUGAGGAUAAUGGAAAUCCUAAAAAGGUCAAAACAACAGCUGUACGGAUUGAAGUGGUACAAGUUAAUGAGAAUUCACUCAACCCACCGAAAAUUAUAUCAUCCGAUCAGACAGUUGAUGUGACUGAAAGCGAUCAGCCCGGCUAUUUAAUCACAGACUUUCAAGCUGAAGACGAAGAUGGUGAUCGAUUAUGGUAUGACAUAAUAAAUGGCGAUGACAAUAAUGAUUUUUAUAUCGGAGAAAGUGGCAACGUUUUACUUGCAAAGCGUCUUGAUUGUGAGAUUAAAAAGGAAUAUAAUCUCACAAUUGCGGUCACAGAUGGUACACAUAUCGUCAAGAGUCAUCUCUUUGUCUCUGUUAUAAAUAGUAACGACCAUCGACCGGAGUUUACAAAGCCAGAAUAUCGCGUUGAAAUAUCUGAAAAUACUGAAAAAGACGCUGAAAUUUUGCAAUUACAUGCAACUGAUGCUGAUGAUGACAAAAAGCUUUUUUACAGUCUUCAUACAGCUAAGAAUCCAUCGUCUCUUAACUUGUUCCGAGUUGAUUCAGUAAGCGGCGUCAUAAGCUUGAUACAAAAGUUGGAUCGAGAAUUAAUUGCCGAACAUUUGCUUGUUGUUAGUGUAAAAGACCAAGGAACACCGGCCAAGAGAAACUUUGCCAAAGUCAUUAUCAAAGUUCAUGAUUUUAAUAAUCAUAUUCCGGAAUUUACAUCGAAACUUAUUCAGGGUAAAGUUUAUGAAACGGCAUCAGUUGGAACGAGAGUUGUGCAAGUGUAUGCAAUAGAUCGUGAUGUCGGUGACAAUGCAAAAAUUACAUAUUCAAUUGUCAGUGGAAACAUUGGCAAUGCAUUUGAAAUUGAUGAGAGUAUGGGAAUUAUAAGCGUUGUUAAGGAAUUGGAUAUUCAAGCACUACCCGAGUAUAUGUUGCAAGUGAAAGCAUCAGACAAUGGAAAGUCUUCAUUAUCAUCACAAAUUCCCGUUCAUAUCAUGGUUCAAAUGGCUGAUAAUGCUCCGCCACGCUUCACUACCGAUAAGAAAGACCGUGCAGCUGAAAUUUAUGAGAAUUUACCCGUCGGGUCGUUUGUUAAACAUCUAGAAGUUCGUAGUACGUCAUCGGUAUUGUUUGAGAUUAUAAAUGGAAAUGAAAACGACGUUUUCUUUAUUAAUCCAUCGACCGGAAUCAUCACGACGAAAGAUGAAGUUGAUUACGAGCGCAAUAACUUCUUCAACUUAACAAUUCGUGCUACAAAUAUGGCGGGAAAGGAGACGACAUUUAAAGUUAGCGAUUUGGGAAAGCCAAGAUUAACAUCCUUAACGACUGCACGAGUUGAAAUUACGAUAAUUAAUGUGAAUGACUGUGCACCAAAGUUUAAGCAGAAGGAAUAUAACGUUACAUUGCUUUUACCAACAUAUGAAAACGUUGCCGUCAUUCGAGUAAAUGCAACUGAUGAAGAUAGGUUGGAUGAUUCAAUACUACGAUACGAUAUAAUUGAUGGCAACAGUGAUAAAAUUUUCAUCAUAAAUCCUACUGAUGGGACAAUCGUAACAACUCGCAAUGUUGAUAAAAUUAAAUCAUUUUACAAGCUUCAUGUUCGUGUGUCCGAUGGAAAAUUAUCUACGAUUGCAUAUGUUUAUGUCAAUGUCGUAAAAUCAGAAAAUUCCGGAUUGGUAUUUCAAAAGAAAAUCUAUGAAAGUUCAGUGUUUGAGAAUACAACAAAGAUUCAGACUGUUUGUAUUGUAAAUGUUUUAGGAACGGCGCUCAAUGAACAUGUUGAGUUUCGUAUUCUAAAUCCAACUGAGAUGUUUAAAAUCGGCAUCACAUCUGGCGUUAUAGAAACGACGCGCAAUCGUUUCGAUCGUGAAGAAAAGGACAAUUAUGAGUUGAUUGUCGAAGCAAAAUCACAAAUUGGCGAAAAUCAGCCACCUCGCAUAGCGCAUGUUGUUGUAAAAGUUUCAAUAUCCGACGAAAACGACAAUUGCCCAAUUUUCGUUAAUCUGCCGUACUACGCUGUUGUAUCGGUCGAUGAUCCUAAAGGAUCUGUUAUAAUAAAAGUUCAGGCAAUCGAUUUAGAUGCUAACGAGAAUGGCGAAGUUCGUUAUGAAAUGAAGAAGGGUCAUGGAGAACUUUUUAAAGUCGAUCGAAAGACUGGUGAAGUCAUCUUAAAGCAAACACUUGAAGGUCACAACAAGGAAUAUCAACUUUUGAUUUCAGCAUUUGAUGGUGGGAUUAUUCCAUGCUCCACAGAUGUUAUUGUCAACGUUAAGACACAAGACAAGAACAUGCCGACGUUUGCUAACUUAGGCAAAAAUUGGUACUCGGAUACUGUUCCCGAGAAUAUCGAGUUACAUUCACCACUGUCAGUACAGAUACAAGCGACAAGUCCCAUGAGUCGUAAACUGAUUUAUAGCAUUGUGAAAGGAAAUGAGCUGGAAGAAUUUGCCGUUGAUUUUAAUACAGGUGCGAUCUAUGUUGUUGAUGAAUUGGAUUUUGAGACAAAACAGAACUAUGAUUUAAUCAUUAGAGCAACAGAUAGCGUCUCUGGUAUUUAUGCUGAAGUUCCAUUAUCCGUUGCGGUCUCAGAUGUUAAUGAUUGUCCGCCGAUGCUUCCGCAAGAUAAUUACGACAUAACCGUGUCAGAAUCAGCUCCUUUUGGAUCUGUUGUAUUGAAGGUUACAGCUCAGGAUAAUGACGGUCCAGGUAUAAACUCAGAGAUAACAUACAGCAUACAAACGGAUAACAACAAAAAUUCUUCCGAGUUUUUCCAUAUUGAUGAAAAUGAAGGAACGGUGUAUUUGAAAAAGUCUUUGGAUCAUGAAACUCUUCAACAUCAUCAUUUCACAAUUCGGGCGUCUGACAAAGGGAGCCCUGUGCUAAGCUCAACCGCACAUGUUUCCGUUCAUGUCAGUGAUUCGAGCGACAAUCCACCAUUCUUCGAACAAUUAUCAUAUGAAUGUGUGCUGUCACAAGAAGCAACUCGUGGGCAGUUUGUAACAGUUUUAUCAGCCAACGAUCCUGACUAUAUUGACUCGACAAAACUUAUUUAUACAAUCGUUGAGGGAAAUGAACAACAAACUUAUCACAUGGAUCCAUUCAGUGGAAUCAUCACUUUAAUGAAUAUGCAAAACUUUGGAGAGACUCAUGUAGCGGUGCUAAAUGUCUCGGUAACAGACGGCGUCUACACAAGUUAUACUCGUGUCAAAAUAUCAAUUCUCCCUGCGAAUCUUCAUAAUCCUUAUUUCGAUCAACUGGUGUAUGAAGUGAAGGUUAAAGAGAAUCAAUUAGCUGGCAGAUUGGUGACGACUGUAGCCGCAAAAGAUAAAGAUUUUGGUAAAUAUGGAAAAGUCACAUACACGAUUGUUUCCGAUGAGAUGCGUGACAUAUUUGAUAUUGACACUGAUACUGGUGACAUUGUCACGAAAGUAAAAUUAGAUCGGGAGGAGAGAAAAAGCUAUGAAAUCCUCAUAAUGGCAACUGAUGAGGGCGGUCGUUCAGGAUUUACAACAAUUCGUGUUUAUGUAACAGAUGAAAACGAAUUUCCGCCUCAAUUCGUAAACACUGAAUACAAAACAGUCGUUCAUUCGAAUCUUACACGAAAUAUUGUGUUUAUGUGGAUAAAAGCCAUUGAUUUGGAUGAGAAUCAAAAUGCUGCCAUCAAAUACUCAAUCUAUGAUUCAGAGAACAAAGAUGAUCCGCAAUUUACCAUCAAUGGAGAAGGGGAAUUGAAGCUUGGGAAGACUUUGGACCGAGAGGCAAAAGAUUUAUAUUUCAUAAAUAUUCUUGCCGAAACAGAUUCUUCUCCGCCGCUAACCGCUGUCGCUGAAAUUGAGCUUCGCAUAUUAGAUGUCAACGACAAUCCACCAAAGUUUGAAAGCAAUUCAUACUCAUUAGCAGUUGCUGAAAACAUUGAAAAAGGAUCUUCCAUCUUCAAAGUUCAUGCUCAUGACUCCGGAAGAAAAACAAAAUAUCUAACAAAAUUUGUGUGUUUAUUCUUUGAUGGGCUUCUCUUUACAGACAGCGGAUCCAAUGGGAACAUCAGAUAUUCGUUAGAUAAAAAUGCUGGUGAUGUCUUAAACAUUUUCGACAUUGACUCAUAUACAGGAUGGUUGACGACGCUUGUGACGCUAGAUAAAGAGAAUCAAGAUGAAUAUAAAUUUAAUGUCAUAGCAUCUGACAAUGGUCCCGAUAUUAAGCACUCGACAAAAGCAUCGGUCACAAUAAAACUCGUCGGAUAUAAUGACAAUCCCAUGAAGUUUAAGAAACGAAAAUAUGAAGCAAGCAUCAACGAAAAUUCUUUACCCGGAACUGUUCUUUUACAACUUGAGAUUAACGAUAAGGAUGGCGAUGUUGAAACAAGCGUAGAUUUUUAUAUCAUUUCCGGUGAUUUAUUCUCGCAAUUUGAAAUAAGGGAAAGUGGAGAAUUAUAUGUGGCAAAGCAAUUGGACCGAGAAUCCAUCGAUCGUUAUCUGUUGACCAUUUUAGUGACAGAUGGAAAAUUCAUUGACACAACAAAUGUGACAGUAAUCGUUCAAGACUCGAAUGACAAUCCCAUGAUUUGCCUCAAAUAUCGUUAUCGAGAGACGUUAAGUGAAAGUGUUGAGGUCAACUAUCAAGUACUAACAAUUCAAUAUAGUGAUGCCGACGAACCUGAAAACACUCAUCUUCGUUUUUAUCUUACGGGAAAUGGUUCAGAAGACUUCCACCUCGAUGAACAUUCUGGUGUUCUUCGUACUGCUCGACAUUUGGAUCGUGAAAGUCAAUCGAAAUACAAAUUGACAGCAUUUGUACAAGACAGAGAUCACUUUGGAUGGGAAUGUUCAAGUAUCAUCGAGAUAUCACUGACAGAUGUGAAUGAUGAGAAGCCAAUAUUCACGAUGGAUUCUUACAACGUUUUCAUACCGGAAAAUGCUGAUGUUGGUAGUUUGGUAACGAAAGUCUUAGCGACGGACAACGACAAAGGAAUCAAUCGAAAGAUUCGAUAUUCAUUCAUUGAUUCCUACAAGGACCACUUCAAAAUCGAUUUCGAGAGUGGAAUUGUGACGUUAAACAAGCCUUUGGAUCGUGAACAAAAAGCUUUAUAUAAUCUCACACUUAAAGCAUCAGAUCAAGGCGAACCAAGUCUCUCAUCGAUAACGUCACUCAUUGUUAAUGUUCAGGAUAUUAAUGAUUCACCGCCUGUCUUCACAUUAAAUCAUUAUGCAGCAAAAGUCUCGGAAUCAGAGUCGAUUGGAACAUCAAUUAUUAAAUUAUUGGCAACAUCAAAUGAUAUUGGCAUAAAUGCUGAAAUUUCUUAUGCAAUUAUUGGUGGAAAUGAUCAUAAAAAAUUCACAAUUGAUAAAGAAAGUGGUUUAGUGUCAUUGGCUGACUUGGUUGAUUAUGAAAGAUCGAAAGAUUAUUUCUUAACUGUUCAAGCCACUGACGGUGGUACGCCACCACUCUCAUCAUUGUCAACAUUGAACAUUUCAAUCGUUGACUUCAAUGACAAUCCACCAACAUUCUCUCAAGGUUCAUAUCAAGCAAGAAUCAGAGAAGAUGCAGAAAUCGGCGAUAAAAUUCUUCAAGUACGUGCCAAUGAUUUAGAUUCCGAUGAGAAUGGAAAGGUUCGUUAUUCAAUUGAAAAGGGUGACCGUAUGAAUCAGUUCAAUAUUGAAGCCGAUACAGGCUACAUUUCGGUCGCAAAUGAGUUGGAUCGUGAAACGAUGUCGAAUUAUGUGCUUGAAGUUGUCGCUCGUGACAGUGGAUUUCCCGAACUUUCGUCGUAUGUCCUGGUGAAUCUCGAAAUUUCCGAUGCAAAUGAUAAUUAUCCAACAUUCUCUGAACAUAACUACACAGCUGUUGUUCAAGAAAAUAAAGGUAUUGGACAUCCAUUGAUAAAAUUCGAAGUCAUUGACAAUGAUGCUUCACCAAAUGCUGAACCAUUCACAUUCGAAUUUAUUAGUGGCAAUGAAAACGGAGCAUUUCGUAUCGAUGAACAAGAUGGCAUUCUCAAGACAGCAACAAAGUUUAAUCAUAAGAUUAAAGAUGUUUAUCGAUUGAAAAUACGUGUCUUUGACAAUGGUUCACCUGUUCUAUACAGUGACACUGAAGUGACAGUUAAAAUCAUUGAAGAAAGUCAAUAUCCACCUUACAUAACGCCACUUGAAAUUCAUAUCAAUUCAUUUAAUGAUGAAUAUCCUGGUGGUCAAAUAGGAAAAAUGUUCGCGACUGACCAAGACUCUUACGACACUCUCACAUUUGAUUUGGCGCCAGUUAAUGGAGUUUCUUACAAGCCCACCGCUUUGUUUAAUAUCUCAAGGGAAGAUGGAUUGCUUUAUGCGUAUCCACGACUCGAUGCCGGCGAAUAUCGUAUCAACGUUACUGUCUCUGAUAAUAAAUUUGUAUCAUCAACCAUAAUUAAAGUGUCAGUUGAGAUCGUGACCGAAGCGAUGCUACAAAAUGCUAUUUCAAUUAGGGCGCGAAACAUUAGUCCCGAAGAGUUCAUUUUAAGUAAACGUAAGACAUUUACUCGUGCUUUGAAAGACGUCAUUCAUUGUCGUCUUAAAGAUAUCAUUCUAAUAAGCGUACAAAAAGAAACAUCAUCUUCCGAAUUCAACAGUAACAACAACAAUGAGGGUCACAAAAGUAAACGACAAGCAGUAAAGAAUCUUGAUAUUCUUUUUGCUGUUAGAAAAUCAAGUUCAUCAUCAAUGUCAAGCUUUUAUCCGCCCAAUGACAUUAGAAAGAUAAUUGAAGAGAAUUUAGAGGAAAUAGAAGACAUGGCACAUUUAAAGAUUAUAGAAAUCAUAAAGCCAAAAUGCUUACAACAUCAUUGUAUACACGGUGAAUGUGAGGAUAAAGUGAAUGUUAAUGGCAAACUUUCCCAUCCCAUCGCAACAGAAAUGUUUAGUUUCGCUUCAGCGUAUCAUGAACAUAAAGCCGAGUGUAAUUGUAAGACUGGCUUUGGUGGUGACUAUUGUCAAUUUGUUGUUAAUGAGUGCGCUAAAGAACCUUGUAAGUUACCGAAAAAAUGUGUUCCGGAUAAGACUGAACGAGGCUAUCAUUGUGCAUGCGAUGAUGGUUACUUUGGUGUGAAUUGUGAUAAAGAGACGAGCAAAUGUAAUGAAGAAAAUUGUUAUAAUCCAAGAAAUCCCGUCACCUUCAGUGGGAAAAGCUACGCUCAUUACAAAAUCGAUAAGAAUCUCUCGAGGAAAACCCUUGAAGAACAAAUUCAACUACAAAUGAGAAUCCGGACGGUACAGUUGACCGGAAAUUUGAUGUACGCUUCGGGUAAGAUUGACUACAUGAUUCUCGAAAUACAAAAUGGUGUUGUACAAUUUCGCUUUGACUUGGGAUCGGGAGAAGGUUUGGUUAGUGUUGCAAGUAUCUUUGUAUCUGAUGGUUUGUGGCAUGAGAUACGUUUGGAACGUGAAGGUAACAGUGCAAGAUUAAUAAUUGAUGGAAAACAUACACGAAAGGGCGUCAGUCCGGGAGUGAAUGGAAUAUUGAACAUACAAUCUCAUGAUUUAUAUUUCGGAGCUGAAGUUCGAGCUCAUCCCACAGUGAUUGGUAUCGAGGAUAUUCAACGCGGUUUCAUCGGUUGUUUGGAUGAUUUAAAACUCUCAAGAGCCACAUUGCCACUUCAAAUGAAUGCAGCUGCAAGCAGUUCUGUUGCUGUUUUGAAAAGAUUUGCAAAUGUUGACUUUAAUUGUGAAGCUGCAAAUGCUUUAAUUCCAUUAGGAAUUUGUAAAGCACAAAAUCUUUGCUUCAAUGGUGGCACUUGUAAGGAAUCAAAUAAUGGAAACGAAUACGAAUGUUUAUGUCACGAUAGAUUUGCUGGUGCAAACUGUCAAGAAGAUCGAGACCCAUGUUCGUCAAGUCCAUGCUUGUUUGGUGGGAAAUGUCGCUACGAAGGUUCCAACGGUAACUACACAUGUGAAUGUCCAGCAAGAAUGUCGGGACGACGAUGUGAUUUUGGUAGAUUUUGUUUACCUAAUCCAUGUCGUAAUUCAGGCGUUUGCGAAGAAGGGGACGAUGGGCCGAUUUGUAUGUGUCGCGGUUACACAGGCAAAACCUGCGAGAUCGACGUUGAUGAAUGCGCUAACAAUCCAUGCUUAAAUGGGGCAACAUGCGUUAAUGAAGCUGGAAGCUUUCGAUGCAUAUGCCCGCCUGACCUUAAGAGCUGUGGCGAUCCAUUAUAUUCCAACUCUAUUAUCUCAAACCUCAUAAAUAAUACAAGCUUUUGGCAAAAAAUCAUCAUCAUUGUGGGUAUCGUGGGAUUGAUGCUUCUACUGAUAUGCUUGUGCUUAUGUUGCUGCUGUAAAUCAAGAAGAAAAUCUCGUGAUGAAAGAAGCGUCAAAAAUAACGUCGCUUCGCCAAUCAAUUCGGACUAUAAGCUUGUAUCAAAAAUGAGUAAUUUAGAAGUCGUUCAACAACAGCAACAACAACAACAGCAGCAUCAACAACAACAACAACAACUUAUUCAAAGACCAGCUUCAUAUGCUGCCACAUCAGAUCAUCAUACAGCGCCAUAUAAUCAAAUAUUGCAAUACAACAAUCUUGACACCUUAAGGAAUUACGGUUCAGCGGGAGAUGAAUUGGAGAAUUUACCCCCUGAGUACAGGAAAUUAAAUCGUAAUCCAAUGAACCAGCAAAUGGUGUACAUUAACAAUACGACGGGCAAUUCCAGUGAUACAGACACAUCAUCGCACAAACAAAACAAAUGGGAUCAGAUUCAUCUACAAACGUUUAGCGAUAAGACGAAAAUAAAUAAUGAUAAGAGAUUAAGUCCCCAUCAUCACGCUACCAAUCAGUUUAAGCAGGGAGUCUUACCAGGUCGUUUAUUACCAUCACCGGCAGCAACAUAUGCUGGUACAACCGAGUCGGGUGCUUACGAUUGGGACAUUUCAGAUUGGAAGCCACGAUCUCUUAAUGUACUUUCAAAUAUCACCGAAGUACCAGGAAGUGAAGUGAUUGAUUCAUCGAGCUUUCAUAGCAAUGAAAGUAAUGAAUCGAAUGGCAACAAAAAUCAUCAACAACCGCCAAAUGUAAUGAUGGAAAGUAUUGGCACAAUCAUGGAUCCGUCACGUGAUAUUGAGACAUUAAAUGAAAAUAUUGAACUUGACUUUCCCGAUGACUCUGAAUGUGACCGAAGUGAACAACCCUUAUCGAUAAACUUUGACCCUUCACUGACCUAUUUGAAUCCUUUAGACAGCGGCAGUGAUGUUGACUACAGAUUCAAUACAGCUGAAACGUAUGUGAGACAUCCAAACAGUUACCUGCCAAAGUAUAACAUUCAAAGUGAAACAGACGGUGAAAGCAUCCCAUUGACUCAAUCAAAUGAAAUAAUUGCGAACAAAAGGAUGCUGAAAAGUGGCAUUGACAUCGGACCACAUCAAAUAAUUCAAUCAGAUGAAGAGGACGAUGAAGUUCCAUCUUAUGGCUUUCCUAGUCAGAAAAAGCGACGAAAUCGUGUACAGCAAAGUGAUUUAGAAUUAGAACUAAGCAAAGGUGGUGAAGGCAGCUCAUUGCUAGCACACAACAGUUUACAUCGUAUGCACACCGAUCAAUCACAAAGUGACUUAUCAGUGAAACUCUGUGAGAUUGAUGACAGCGAAACUGAUGAGUUAAACAGCAGUAAUAACUAUCUAAAAUCGAUAAAUACAAACAAGAAUAAUUGGACCAAAACAAACACCCACACAGACGUUUAAAACGUCCCAAUAAUCAUUGACGAUUCAUUAAAUUUUCACAUAAAUAUUUAACAAUUAAAACGGUAAUUAUCUAUGAGCUAGGACCACUUCAUCCACGUCACAUUUAGAUUUUAAUUGGGAAAGCAGAAAUUGCUUUCCUUUCGUGAAUCUUCACAUAUACACAAAACACUCCUUCAUGUUAAGCAGUAGAGUCGAAUAAAUGAAUGUUCUUUUGCUAAACAAAACUCAGUUAUGUAAUAAUAUUUAAAAAACGAACGAAAAAUGAUAUUUAUUUUCCUCCUUCAUAUCCAUGUCUGUUUGAAAUGAAGGAGGAGAAGUCAAAUCUAAAGUCAUAUCGCAAAACGAAAAACUAGAGCAUAUCUUGAAUUCACUUUUAUUUUUUCUUCAUCUUUGUUAGCUGUUGGGCAAGAUAAGCGAGAGAAAUAUAAAAAGGAUUCGGUAUAAGGAACAUUCUGUAAACAAACAUUGAAAGCAGAAGAGAAUUUAACAAAUUUUACUUUAUUUGAACCUUUUCUAACAUUCUCUAUUUCAAAUCAACUCGAAAUGACAUCUAUUUAUAAUGAAAAUUUUGCAUACUGAUUCGUGAUGUAUUAGUUGAAGUAAAAGCGGCAGGAAAUCGCACAGGAUUUUGCCAUUUAGUCAUAUGAUCGUUGUUUUAGUGUUUCGAUAUAUGAAAACAAUAAAUUUCACGAAUUUUCAUUCUUCUCUCUGUUUUUUCCCUGAUGCAGUACAAUAAAAUCCAGACGAUUCCUGUCGCGCGAUUCUCCAAUUGAUUUCUUUUUUUGCUAAACAACUAUGAAAGCUUUUUUUAUCCUAACAUGAAACAUGAAAGCAUGAAUCAUUUUAAUUCAAUUUAUCUUCAAUUUCAUUCUAUCUUCGAGCUGAAAAUGUUAGAAGUUUGAAAGAAGAAGAAAAAAAAUUUAAUUUAAUUAAUUAACUGCAAAAAAAAAUAAGGAGGAGAAAAUGUCCAUAAAUUUAAGUGAACAAGGUGCUGCUGAAUUCGCAUUUGAAGAAGAUAAAUAAUUUCUAGAUAUUAAUUUUCAUCUUUAGUCACUAACUACCUACUUACAUAUACACUACUGUUGAGUUGAUAAAAAAUAAAGAGAAACCUGAUUGCAUCAUUCCGAGAGCAGCUGUUAAUAUUUAAUUUUAUCAUCUUGUUAACAAAUUCAACUCACAAGCAAAUAACUAUAAACAAUUUAGAUUCAAAUGUUAUGUUACAUUAAUGGCGUUUGAAAUUGAAAUGCACAUGUUCAAACCAUUAUGAUGGGAUUGAAAGUAAGGAAAGCUUUUAAAAGCUUCUCGGAAGCUUAAGUAUUAUAAAUUUUUAAUCAAAAUUUGGAAUUUUGUACAAAUGAAAUUUUAACAUAGUUCGUGACAUAACAUUUGAAUUCUUCCUUUCAAACUCCUGAAAAACUUAAAGAAACAAAAACUUGUUCAAGACAAAAGAAAGCGAUACAAUUGACAAAUGUGCAACGGCUUCACGCUUUAUUGCAUUCAUCAUUGUCAUCUAUCUUCUUACAUUCGCUUUCUUACAAUGUGAAAUGAGGUCGUUUUCAUCCAAUUUCCUUCAAUUUAUUCUUCAAAUGUUUCACUUUGUCUCCAAACUAAAUUUAUUUCCUUUUUUAAGUAAACAAAAAGCAAGCAAGAGAAAUUUUUGCGAAAAGUGCCUGAAACAAUUUGAAUGUAAUAUAUCUAUUAUAAUUUUAUAUACUUCAUAUAUUUGAACUUCUUCCUUCUCUGUCGAAGAAAAGAAAUCUAAGCUUACAAUUAUGAUGAACUCUUUAAUAAGGAAAAAUGUGACAGCAAUGAAGACGCGAUGAAGCUUCAAACUUUUCUUUUUUAUGUUCCGAUGUUUGUUUUCCUUAGCGAAUUUGAUAUUUUCCACACUUUCUUAUCGCACGUUUCAUAAUCUCACCUCCACCUCACGACCCCCUAGCGAAUGUUACCUACUUUAAUUUCUUACUUAUCAUCAUGAAAGAUAUUUUUUUAAUUCGCAUCUAUGGAAGUAAUGGGAGGAAAAAAAAUAAAUAUUACGAUGGUUACAAAGGGAAAUGAAAGUCUAAGACCGCGAGAGAUCUACGAUGAGAAUUAAAUUUCUUGGUGCAAAUGAAAAAGAAAAGAAGAAAAUCGGAAUGAAAAAGAAUGAAAAAAGGAAGUAAAAGUUUUAAAAUUAUGUUGCAACUUUUGCCAGCAACUUUGAAGGUAACAUAGACGAAGCAUCUUGCACGAACUCAGCGAAUAAAAUUCAAAAAGAUUUUAAAUUCAAAUUCAUCAUGAAGGGAACGAAGUAGAGAUGAGAAUUUUCAUUUUUCCUUAUUUCAUUUACGUCGCAAAAUACAUAAAACCGAACAUCUCAUACCUUGCUUCGUCUUUUAGUUUUCCUCAACUCAUUUCCCAGUUGUAUCCAGUUUUUAGUCCAAAAACUAUUAAUCAAAAGCAAGGAAAACUUUUUGUGGAAUUAUUAUUAUUAUUAAUAUUAACGCGAUAUAAGUUUUUCUUCAUCUCUCAUUUAUAAUAUUUCCUUUUUACGCUUAGAGCCACCACGGUUAGAUUUUAAUUGCAACAAGAAUAAUUUAUUCUAAAUCAAAUGUGAAAAGAAAUAAAGAGUUAUAAAUAAUGAACACUUUAAGUAGAUGAGAGUAAAGUUGUGUAGAAAAUGUUAAUAUAAAUAUAUUAUCAAAGAAAUAAGUUAAUUAGUAAGUCAAAAAACAUUUGUGAAACUUUAAAUAAUGAAAAGCAUUUAACAUUAUAAGCCACACAUGUGAACUGUAAAAUAUUAUGUUUUAAAAAGCAUCAACAAAUUCUGUAUUGUAGUAGAUAUAAAACUUCAUAACUUCUUCUUUUUUUCUGUUUUUUAAACAUUAAUAAAAAUGAGAAAAAUCAUUCAA